ACGGGGAGGGACCGCGGGCAGAGCUGGGUAAUGAUUUGUCACCGCGAGGACCGGGGUGUCUCUCUCUGCAGAGGAAACCUUGGUGAUUGACAGCGGGGCCGUUCCUGCCACUUCCCUCGCUGUUGUCAGGUAAUAAUGAAGCUUUGUCAGUCCAUCAUGGACAUGGAUAUGCCAGACUAUGUCGACUCCUUGGACUCCUCUUACACCAUGCUGGAAUUCGACAACCUCCGCGUGCUCCCCAACAACACCGAGGCCAUCGCGGCCGAGUCAGCAAACACCAACCUGCUCCCCAACGGUGUCAGCUCCCUGUGCUCCAUCUGUGGGGACAGAGCCACUGGCAAGCACUACGGGGCCUCCAGCUGUGACGGCUGCAAAGGUUUCUUCAGGAGGAGCGUCCGCAAGAACCACGUCUACUCCUGCAGGUUCAACCGACAGUGUGUGAUAGACAAAGACAAGAGGAACCAGUGCAGGUACUGCAGGCUGAAGAAAUGCUUCAGAGCUGGCAUGAAGAAGGAAGCCGUGCAGAACGAGCGUGACAGGAUCAGCAUCCGCAGGAGCAGCUAUGAGGACAAUGGCUCCCUGUCCAUCAACAUCCUCACCCAGGCUGAGGCCAUGGCACAGCAGUAUUUACCCCUGAGCCCCGUGCACAGCACAGACAUUGCCAUGAAGAAGAUUGCCACCAUCCACGACGUGUGUGAAUCCAUGAAACAGCAGCUCCUGGUGCUGGUGGAAUGGGCAAAGUACAUCCCAGCCUUCUGUGAGCUCCCCCUCGACGACCAGGUUGCCUUGCUCAGAGCCCACGCAGGGGAACACCUGCUCCUCGGGGUAGCCAAGAGGUCCAUCCCGUACACUGAUUUCCUGCUGUUAGGGAAUGAUUUCAUCAUCCCAAUGCACUGCCCAGAGCUGGAAAUCGCUCGUGUGGCCACCAGAAUCUUGGACGAGCUGGUGAAGCCCCUGCGCGACAUCCAGAUCGACGACAACGAGUACGCCUGCCUGAAAGCCAUCAUCUUCUUUGACCCAGACUGCAGAGGGCUGAGCGAGCCGGGCAAGGUGAAGAACAUGCGCUUCCAGGUGCAGGUGAACCUGGAGGAUUACAUCAACGACCGCCAGUACGACUCGCGGGGCCGCUUCAGCGACAUCCUGCUGCUGCUGCCGCCCCUGCAGAGCAUCACCUGGCAGAUGAUCGAGCAGGUGCAGUUUGUGAAGCUCUUCGGAGUGGCCAGGAUCGACAGCUUGCUGCAGGAGAUGCUGCUGGGAGGAACCUCUGCUGAUCUCCAGUACCAGUCAGCACCUCCCAGCCUCAACCUGGAACCACUGCCAGGACAUGUCCUGCAGAGCAACAUGACCUCUGUGAUCCACCCUGCUCCAGACCCCUCUCCUGAGACAUCCCUUCCAUCUCCUUCUGCCAGCACAGGCAGUGAAGACUACAAGCUGGGCUCUAGCGCGGGGCCCAGCACCGUGGUGCAGCUGCUGCCUCAGCCAGCCAUGUCCAAGCAGGAGCUUUGAUGGGAGAGGAGGAAGGAGCAGCUGGGAGCUCGGUGGGAUCCGUGCUGACAGGGAACCGGGCCCUUUCUCUUGGCAGAGGCCAAGCACAGCUCGUCCAUGCCCGUGAGCCAGGGCCAGGCACAGCCUGCAGAGGAGCCUCAGCACGGAAUUCCCACCAGGAGCACCCCGUGGCACAAGGAUUGGGGUUGGUGCCCUCUCAGCAGAGCCAGGAGUGGCAGCUCUUUGGGGUUGGAGUGUGAGCCUUCGCCGUGUCCAUCAGCCCCGGCGCCUUGCACAGCUCCUGCCAACCCUGUGUGCACACAGCAGGGCCUCAAUUGGCAUCAAAAGGUCGAUUCCAGCACAAAUUUAAUUAUUGGCACUCCCAUUUCUCCUGUGAAGCUUUAGGAAAAAUAUCAUCGCAAUCCUUUGAAGGCCAAGGCCUUAUUCCACCCAGAGGGGCCUUGUCCCAACAGAGCAGCCAACAUUUAAUGCUGUCCAGUUCUUUUUUAUGAACAGAAAUGCCAACAUUUUGCUAUUUUCCAUAAUUUUCAGUAUAUCCAGAGUCCAUUUGUGAGCCAGUGGAUGGGCUCUGCUUUGUGAGCACAUCUAACCCCAGACAGCAGCAAAGAUCUCUGCCUGUCCCCGUGGCUGCUGCUCUGGUAAACCCCAAAUCAAGGCUGGCUUAUCCCAAACCCUGCUUGUUAUCUCCUGCAAACAUUUUUGGAAGAAGCAAGUGCCCCAAAAUACCUUUUCACAGUACACAGAUGUGAUUUUUCUGUAGUUUUUAAUUUCUUUGUAAUGGCUGCAUUGUGGCUCUAAAUUAGCCAAGAAAAGGAACAGGCAAGCCUGUGAGCCACUGCUCAUAAAAAGGGUUUGUAUUUAAGACAAGGUGCUUCUGCCUUAAUGUAAAAUUUAAUCAGCACUUCAACAACAAAUUCAAUAAGCCCAGUGGUGACUCCACAGCCUCCAGAGCUCCCAAAGUGCUGCCAUUGUGCUACAGAGAUGAUUUGAGUGAACGGGACCUUAUUACCAAGCAAAUGAUCAGAUUUCCACAAAACCUAAGCUCAUUUGUGCACCAACCUCUGCCAAACAGCCACUGGGGGAUGAGGAGUGGCUGUCCUGAGCCCUGGGACACGAUGGAGAAUUUCUGGCUCCAACCCUCCCUGCUGCUGGCAAAGCCGAGCUGGAGGAGCCCAGAGGGGCUUUGGGGAGCCCCUGGAGCUGCUCAGCUGGAGGAAACACAAUCCCAGCCCCUGAAAGGCAACCUGGCAGGAGCAGCAGGACUUCCAGCAGCAGGGGAAUUUCAGCAUUGCCAUUCUGCAGCACCAGGGAGAGCUGGAAGCCACCAGAGAGCGGCUCGAGUUUCACCUGGAUCAGAAUGUUUUGUUUUUCUCCUGCCUCUGAUGAAUUUGAGCUGACACUUUAUGCUGAUAGGUCUGAUUUGAAACAGCUCUAUCUGGAGAGCAGGUUCCACUGCAGGCAUUCCUGCUGCAUGACAGAUGCAACUGUUCUGAGCCAGCACUGCUUCCAGUGCCUCCAGCAGCUCCAUUCCAUUCCUCUUCCAGACAUUCAAUGUACAUUUAUACUCAUUAAUGGUAAGAAAACAAAUCUAUGGGGGAAAUAAAUUCCAUAUUCUCGUAUUUCA